GACCAUCAACCGGAGAACGGCUUCGUGUCCCCCGAAACCACGUCGGCGGGGCUGCUGACACGAAUCGACGGCGCCGUGCUUCCAUUCCUCGGGGGAUUUGGGAAGUACCAGAAACAGCUGAUCGUGCUGACAUGGAUCCCGGCGAUAUUUAUUGGAUUCAGCCAGUACUCUGAUAAUUUCCUCCUCGCCCAGCCGAACAGCACAUGUGUCCAGCCUUUGGCAAACCUGACUAAUCAGACUACGGGUCAUUCCUCGUUGUUGGGCAGCCCCAAAAACACCAGCGCCCGGCCAGCUUAUAUCUAUGCCAAUGGGAGUUACGGCGGCACCCACAAUGACACGCACAACAUGCAGUGUAGGUGCGAUGAGUGGACCUUCGAGCUGCACACGGGACUCGUGCAGAAUGUUGUUACCAAGUGGAGUCUGGUGUGUGACUCAGCAUGGAAAGUCCACAUCGCAAAGUUUUCUCUGUUGGUGGGAUCCAUCUUUGGUUACCUGGUGUUUGGAAUCCUUGCUGACUGGUUUGGCCGCCACCCAGUGCUAAUCAUAUCGGUGCUGUUCAUGCUGGUGUUUGGUCUGACUGUGGCCUUCUCUGUCAACGCCUCCAUGUUCAGCACCCUGCGCUUCUUUGAGGGCUUCUGCCUAGCAGGGAUCACCCUUUCCCUCUACGUCCUCAGGAUUGAGCUGUGCCUGCCGGGAUGGCGUUUUUCCAUGACCAUGGUGGCCAGUUUUGUUGUGUUGGGUGGUCAGCUGCUGAUGCCUGGGGUGGCAUACCUCUGUCGCGACUGGCAGGUACUCCAAGCUUUCAUCAUCUGUCCCCUUCUGCUGAUGCUGUCCUACAUCUGGAUCUUCCCUGAGUCACUGCGUUGGCUGCUGGCCACUCAACAGUACUGCCGCUCCAAGUGGAUCAUGGAAUACAUAGCAAAGAAAAACAAAGUGAACAUGGAGCUUGACGCUGAUAAUAUCCUCACAGAACUGCAGAGAGCCCUUCAAAAAAAACCUAAAAAGACGUGCAUUGUGAAAAUGGUCGGGACGAGGAACCUGUGGAAGAAUAUCGUUGUGCUCUGUGUCAACUCGCUAACAGGCUAUGGGAUCCACCACUGCUUUGCCCGUAGCAUGAUGGACCCCGAAGCUCAGGAGACAACCAUGUUCCAUAACUUCUAUGCAGACUAUUACACCAUGGCGGGCAUUGCGGUGGCGUCCUGCAUGGCGCUGUGCCCCGCAGUGGGUCUGAUGGGCCGACGGGGUGGCCUUCUCAUGUUUAUGAUCAUCACUGCCUUGGCAUCACUGCUGCAGCUGGGCCUGCUCAAUUUGGUGGGGAAGUACAGUGUCCAUCUGAAUAUAGAUAACUCAGGUACGAUGAAUAAGCACUUCUCAAUCGCCUUCUCCAUCAUCGGCAUGUUUUCCUCCCACGCAGUCAGCAACUUGAGCAUCUUCUUCUGUGCCGAGAUCACACCCACUGUGAUCAGGGGUGGCGGUCUGGGCCUGGUCCUGGCCAGCGCCGGCUUCGGCAUGCUGACGGCCCCCAUCAUGGAGCUCCACAAUCAGAAGGGCUAUUUCCUUCACCACAUUAUCUUUGCCUGCUGCACUCUCAUCUGCAUCAUCUGCAUUCUCCUGCUGCCUGAGACACGCUACCAGCCCCUCCCUGAGACCCUGGCUGACGGCGAGAGCUACACUCGUCAACCUCUCCUUCCCCCGAGGAAACCUGGAGAACAGCGCCUCUUGCUGCCCCAAUCCGAGAGCAGCAGGGACUACACCAGGGUGCAUGACACGCCGCUCCACGAAGCAGCUACCACCGUAGUGUCCACCAUGGACUCCACCGCUUCUUCGGCUGUCGAUUUGACCGCCCCAUCGGUCGGCGAUAUGUCCGCUCCCAUGUUUAUGGAGGUGCACCCUGGCAAGCCUGAGCAUAAAGACCCCAACGGUCAUUCCGUUUCAUCUUUAUCCACAACCCCCAUCACAGCCCUGGGUAAAGACGGGGUCAUACAUGCCAGUAAAGAGCAUAUUCUGUCUUCCACUCCUUUACACAAAGCCUCAUGUGUCACAGAUCCGCUUUUAGCCGGUGCCGAAGAACCUCCAGCGAUAGUGGUGGAUUCUGUUGAGCCACUGACGGAUUCUGACAUUCCUGAAAUGAAUGACAUUGGUCCUUCACAUACAAAAGAGUCAGCACCUUCAUUGGACUCUUCCACUCCUCCUGUUCCUCAAACUGUGCCUGCCUCCUUAUUGAUCUGCACCACACCCAUUAUUGAACCCCCGCCUAGUGCCACAUUAGAAUCCCCCAACCCGCUGGGGAAUGAGAUAGACAGUAUCACCCCAGAAUUUGACCCACCUUUGCUAGAAGACACUCAUGCCACUUUAGCAGACUCCCCUACUCCAUCUAUGCAUGACAGUCCCCCUCCAUCCCCUACGCCCUCUCCUGUUCCCAUGACAGACAUUACCACUGACCCUCCACCCCCCACUGACGCACACUCUGACAUUCCCACUCAGUUAGAAAUAGUAGACGAAUCUACAUCUACUCUUUCCACUAAAGACUCCCCCAUACCUUCUGUCAUAGACUCCCAACUGUCACAGUUAGACUCUACCUCUCCCUGUGUUAAUGAUAUAUCACCUCGCUCCCCUACUCCCCUUAGAACAGUCACCGUUUCCCCUUUACCCACUCCUCCUCCACCCACUCCUCCUCCACCCACUGACUCAGGCCAUAUGCCCUCAGGGGACUCUUCCACUCCCCCUAUCAUAGAUAUUGUCAAUACCACUGCAGCGAUUCCUACCAUUCUCCCGGUCACAGACAUUCUGCACACCUCCACAGACAUUGUUCAGCCUACGCAGGAUUCAGCUGCUUCCCUUGGCAUAGAUUUAGUACCAACUUCCAUCACAGAUUCCGGCUCCACAGAAGCAACCCUCCCCUCUCUAAUGGACUGCACCGUCUCCUCCCCCAUAGACUCUGGUGUCGUUUCCGUCAGGGACAGUGCCAGCACAGAAAACAACACCGUCAAUGGCGUGGCAUCAUCAUGAUCCUUUGUUGCAGACAGGAAAAGAAGCUUUACGUUUGCAGAGGAAGCAGCCCAUGCCACAUGAAUGACUGACUAUGAAGGGGGGCGCGAACUAUCCUGCUCAGACUUGCACUCAAUGGAAGACUGUUUCCACCUGCAGUUGAGUAGACAUGUCUUACAGAGCUGCUGAACGUUUCUCAAUGUCCCCUCUUCCUGCAUUUAGCCAGUAAAUGAGACCACGCAAGUGAGAGAGUGCCAGAGGCUGGUUUGUGACAAUGUGACAGUAUCUUCUGCUCUUUUUGAAUGUCACUCGGAAAUCACCAGCCUAUAAACUACUUUGAUGUAAAUGAAUGGGGAAAAUCACUGUCUGUCAUUUCUAAAGAGACUUACAACUAUACCCACAAUCACUGAGAGGACUGGUGAAAAAUGCAAUGAUGCUUAAAAAAAAAAUAAAAAAAAAAUCAAAUUACUGGUACUUUUGCUCUAAUGCCCGUCAAACAUAUUUGUAUGAAAAUAUCGCCUUACCUGUAUGGACAAAAGAAAAUCUGAAUGUUACAAAGUAUUUUUUGCCGUCACAAAGGUAAACAAUCCAAAUUAAAGUGAUUUUUCUAAAUACAACGCCAAAAACUACUCUGACCAAAAUUAAAUGUAGACAUAGUGCCAAAAAAUUAGUUUUAAUGCAGUAUUUGCCUGUUUGGGGAAAUACUGUUUAGUGCAGUCCCCUGCCAUAGACUGUAUGUGGAUUAAAGUGAAUCAGAUGAACCCUGUUCCAAAGUGCAGAGAUACAACAGAAUAAUACAAUUGUUUUUCAAAUUGAUAAAAGACUGAAAUGCUAUAUCAUCAUUUGAUAAAUUACACGUGAGAGACAAGAUUGAGACUGCCGAACGGCUUUCAUCAACACAUUGUGUGAACAGCGAUAUUAGAGAAAAGAAUGACCCAUAUUUUGUUGGUCUGAAGAAAGUUUUAUUUUUCCAAUCGUUUCAGUCAAUGAAAUUUAUGGUAUGCAAAUGCUUUUAUUUGUAAAUGUGAUAUUGUAAGUAAAUGCAUAAUUAGUUGUUGAGCUUGAUUCAAUCUUUUUUUAAAUUCCAAGUAUUAUUUUGAAUAAUCUCCCAUGGUGUGCCCUUAUUGUACAAACCUAUACUUCUCUCUGACAGUAUUUGUGGCACCUCAGCGUGGUGGCACCUUAUUUUUUUGCAGUUGGGACAAAGCAUGAAAAUAAUUGUGAACGUGUCAGCAAAACAAACUAGAAAACCUUAAAAAGACACAAAAACAAUUUUUGAAGUGAAACCAAUGGAUGACAAAAUGUUCAAUAUGAUUGCCAACUGUCACAGCAUUGCUAACCUUCAGUGUGUUUUCCAAAUCAUGUUCUGGCAUUAACAUAGUGUAUGCAUGUCAAUGUGUUCAUACAUUCACAUGCACAACUAAGUUUACCUUUAAAAAAAAAUGCAAUAUUUCAUAUAUUUGUCAAAUUUACAUUUUAAAAUACAGGCCAAAUCCUUAUUUCUAGGUAGAUUAACCGAUUCACAUGUUCUUGAAUUGAGAGACUCUUGCUUAUGGAGGCACUUUCUGUUCCAAAACCUGUGUCCAUGUGUGGACAGUGUUGUACUUGACUAAAUACUGUGUGUAACUUAACUGUUGUAGUUACAUACUUCAUGCAUUAGAGGUUGGAUUUGUCAGAGGAAGAUGUAUGAUUAUGGCUAGACCACUGUUUACAACAAUAAUAAUAAUAAUAAUAAUAAUGAUAAAUAACAGUAAUAAUAACAAUUACACUUACACAAGAGCCAACUCAAUGAUGUCUUGUCAUUUCAAAUGUGAUAAAACUCUCUCACUCAUCAUGUUACAUUUAUACAGGGAGUAUUGGUGAUCUAUUAAAGUGUCAUUCAGGAGUCAAAGACAACUCCAGACUUAACAGAACACCUUCUUGUGGUACUUAUGUAGAACCUUAGAGGCAAAAGAGAAUUGUGGUAAGUAAAGUAUACUUACCACAAUUCUCUUUUGCUUUUAACCAAGUGCACUGACAAACAUUACAUAUCAUUUGGUAUGUGAAUGAUUGAGCAAACCUGCCUGUGGUUGUUUUCCUCAAAUGCAGCUUCAGUCAAACUAUGAAAGCUCUAUUUUUGAUUGAUUCAGGAUGAUCUUUUAGUAGAUCAUCGAAUCAACAAAGUUCCAUUUAGUCUAAAAUUCAUGUGAACAUUUAACAAAUAUACAACAUACAUACAUAACAACAUGCGUAUGCCAUGCUGCUAAGCCUCAAAGCACAAUGUCCUGCAAUCAUGUGAUUUCAAAUUUGGUGGAGCUUGGCGUCUUGACAGUAAAGAAAAAGGGAAAAUGGAGUGGGAUUUUGAAUAUAAUAAACACACAUUAACUUUUGCAAUAGACCCACAUGUAAUCUACUUUGUGAAACAGGGUGUUGCCACUGGAUUUAAUAAGGAAUUCUUGGCAUCUGCAGUAGAGAGUGGGUUAACUGCAGUGGUCAGUAUCUUCACAUUACUCUGAAUCCUUGUUGUCUGUGAGUGUUGGUCUCUUUGUCUCUGUGCAUAUUGCGGAAAUUGAACUAUGUAUCGCCAAAACCCCAUGCAACACCAGUGUAAAGACAGUAAUUCAGCACAAUACAUCCAGUGUCUUCUCUGAGAUCUAUUGCUUCCAUUUUUCACAACUUCCAUGCAGCUAUUUCACAACGCUGAUUGGAGCUAUUACACCUGUAAGCAUUUGGUUUGACUUUAUUUGGAGUAAAAAUAAAAAGUCAAAAUCAGUAAAAGCAAUCCAAAGCAAUUUUAGCACCAGCGAUAGCGUAAACUAGAAGACAGUGACCGGUGGAAAAGCAAAAAAAAAGAAGAAUGGGUUAUGCCUUUGUAAAUAGUAAAUGUGUUGGAGACACCCAGCCUCAAUAAGAUGAAGGAUCAUAGAUCAUAAAAUGGACUGGUGAAUAGUUCUGAGCUUGGUAGAUGAAAGUCUCAGAGAUAUGAAGUCCCCAGUGUACACAUUUCAGGUUUUGCUUCUCUCAACUGUGCGACUCAGAAUCUCUUGAUGGGAGAUAUGAAUGAAUGUAAAAACCAUGGAUUGUACCACUUAUAAUUUCUGAUUGUUUGGUUUCAUUUUGUUUUUGUUUUAACAGACAUAAUGCACUUGUAUAUAAGCCAUACCUGUUGUUAAAUAAACCACUAUUUAUUGAUCAACCAUG